AUGUUGUCCAUUCUGAGAAAAGCACGUCUCAAAGACAAGGAGAUGCGAAUCCUGAUGCUAGGCCUCGAUAAUGCGGGAAAGACCACGAUUGUCAAGAAGAUUAUGGGCGAAGACGUCAACACAGUAAGCCCGACAUUGGGCUUCAUCAUCAAGACUAUAGACUACGAUGGAUACAAGCUAAACAUUUGGGACGUGGGUGGGCAAAAGACACUACGCUCGUACUGGCGGAAUUACUUUGAAAAGACGGAUGCGUUGAUCUGGGUCGUCGAUGCCACAGAUCGACUGCGAAUCGAGGAUUGCAGAGAGGAGCUCCACGGCCUGCUGCAAGAAGAGGUUCGUGCCAACGGCGAGGAUGGGGAGGAGGACGACGACACGUGUGGAAGGGGAGCCGAGCUGACGUAUUUCAUCCAGGGGCUGCAAUUGGAGGCGAUUAGAACACAUCGCUGGCACGUCCUGCGAUGCAGUGCCAUGACAGGCAGCAACCUCAAGGAAGGCCUUGCUUGGGUGGUGGACGACGCAAAGAAGAGGCUGUUCCUGUACUAG